ACACAAAAAUGGCACCAAUAAAAGAUUUAAUAUCCAAGUUCUCAGAUUUCAAGAACAACAAGAAACUUGUUAUCUCAUCCGCCGUCUUAGCAUUGGUCUUUUUCUCCGCCGUCGUUGGAAUCGCCGUCACAAAAUCAAACCAAAACAACAACCAAAAGAUCCCAACGCUAUCUCCAACAUCACACGCCGUUUUAAAAUCCGUUUGCAGCUCAACUCUGUACCCGGAACUCUGUUUCUCCGCCGUGGCAGCAACCGGAAAAAAGUUGACGUCAGAUAAGGACGUCAUCGAAGCGUCGCUGAACCUAACCACAAACGCCGUGAGGCACAAUUACUUCGCCGUCAAGAAGCUUAUCUCUAAAAGGAAAGGCUUGACGGCGCGUGAGGUAACGGCUCUUCAUGACUGUUUGGAGACUAUUGAUGAGACGCUAGAUGAGCUUCACGUGGCGGUGGAGGAUCUUCAUCAGUAUCCUAAAGGAAAAUCACUGAGGAAACAUGCUGAUGAUCUGAAAACCUUAAUUAGCUCAGCCAUUACUAACCAAGGGACUUGCCUUGACGGCUUCUCCUACGACAGCGCAGAUCGGAAAGUUCGCAAUGCCUUAUUGCAGGGGCAGGUACAUGUGGAGCACAUGUGUAGUAACGCAUUAGCCAUGAUCAAGAACAUGACAGAAACCGACAUAGCCAACUUCGAGCUAAAAGCUAAGUCCAGCUCAGCCAACAACCGCAAACUCAAGGAGCUUAUAGGCGACUUAGACGGAGAAGGCUGGCCAAAUUGGUUAUCCAUCGGAGACAGAAGGCUUCUUCAAGGGUCAACAGUGGUGAAUGCAGACGCCACGGUGGCGGCUGAUGGAAGCGGUGACUUUACGACUGUUGCGGCGGCGGUAGCAGCAGCGCCGGAGAAGAGUAAUAAGAGGUAUGUGAUACAUAUAAAAGCAGGAGUUUAUAGAGAGAAUGUGGAAGUGUCGAAGAAGAAGAAGAAUAUAAUGUUUAUGGGAGAUGGUCGAGGAAAGACUAUUAUCACCGGAAAAAGAAACGUCGUUGACGGAAGCACCACGUUCCACUCUGCUACCGUUGCUGCCGUCGGUGAAAGAUUCUUAGCACGUGACAUCACAUUCCAAAACACGGCGGGUCCAUCAAAGCAUCAAGCCGUUGCUCUCCGGGUUGGGUCAGACUUCUCCGCUUUCUACAACUGCGACAUGCUAGCUUAUCAAGACACACUCUACGUUCACUCCAACCGUCAGUUCUUCGUCAAAUGUCACAUAGCCGGAACUGUUGACUUCAUCUUUGGAAACGCAGCCGCGGUUUUACAAGACUGCGUUAUAAACGCACGCCGACCAAAUUCCAACCAGAAAAACAUGGUCACGGCUCAAGGUCGGUCCGACCCGAACCAAAACACUGGGAUUGUGAUUCAGAACUGUAAGAUUGGUGCCACGUCGGAUCUUUUGGCCGUGAAAGGAAGUUUUUCAACGUAUCUUGGUCGUCCUUGGAAACAAUAUUCAAGGACGGUGAUAAUGCAGUCGGAUAUCACUGACGUGAUCCGACCCGAAGGAUGGCUUGAAUGGAGCGGAGAUUUUGCAUUGGAUACACUAACUUAUAGAGAGUAUUUGAAUAGAGGAGCAGGGGCUGGAACUGAAAAUAGAGUAAAGUGGAAGGGUUAUAAGGUGAUUACCAAUGUUACGGAGGCUCAGCAAUAUACGGCUGGUCAGUUUAUUGGUGGUGAAGGCUGGUUAAGUUCGACUGGUUUCCCUUUCUCGCUAAGAUAUGGAAAAGUAGACGAAGCUCAAGAUCUAGCAUUGAAGAAAAAGACAAGAAAACGUCUGAUUCUACUUACCGUCUCCGGCGUUAUCCUCGUCGCGGUGAUAAUCGCCGCCGUUGUCGCCACCGUGGUCCACAACAAGAACAAGAACUCAUCCGAGUCAACACCGAGUUCACCUCCCGAGUUAACACCAUCCACAUCGCUUAAAACCAUCUGCAGCGUAACACGUUACCCUGAAUCUUGCUUCCACAGUAUCUCAAAGCUUCCGUCUUCCAACACAACAGAUCCAGAGAUCCUGUUCAAGCUCUCUUUGAAAGUAAUCAUCGACGAGCUCGAUGGGAUUUCCGAUUUACCGGAUAAGCUAUCGAAGGAGACGGAGGACGAGAGGAUCCAAUCUGCGUUAAGGGUUUGUGGGAAUCUCAUCGAAGAUGCGUUAGAUCGGCUCAACGACACCGUUUCAGCCAUGGACGCGCCUGAAGACGGGAGCAAGAAGACGCUAAACUCGUCAAGAAUCCACGACCUCAAGACUUGGCUAAGCGCGACGGUGACAGAUCACGAGACGUGUUUCGACGCGAUAGACGAGUUGGCUCAGAACAAGACGGAGUACGCGAACUCGACAAUCACGCAGCAGCUGAAGUCCGCCAUGAGUAGCUCCACCGAGUUCACGAGCAACAGCCUCGCCAUCGUGUCGAAGAUCCUUGCCGCGAUAAGUGACUUCGGGAUUCCGAUAAGGAGACGGCUUUUAAUGAGUCCGGAGACCCCGGAGUGGGCGACACGGAGGUUGUUACAGGCGGAGGGGUUGAAGCCUAAUGUGACGGUGGCGGCUGAUGGAACCGGAGAUGUGUUGACGGUGAACGAAGCGGUGGCGAUGGUGCCGAAGAAAAGCUUGAAGAUGUUUGUGAUCUACGUGAAAGCUGGAAAGUACGUUGAGAAUGUUGUGAUGGAUAAGGGUAAGUGGAAUGUUAUGAUCUACGGAGAUGGGAAAGACAAAACUAUUAUUGCCGGCGGUAAGAACUUCAUUGAUGGGACUCCGACUUAUGAAACGGCGACGUUUGCUAUACAAGGCAAAGGAUUUAUAAUGAAGGACAUGGCGAUUAUAAACACCGCCGGAGCAGAGAAACACCAAGCGGUGGCGUUCCGAUCAGGCUCCGACUUCUCCGUUUAUUACCAAUGCUCCUUCGACGGAAACUAUUAA